AUGUCUGUCCAAUAUGACUCCACGGAAACUCUGUUAAACGCUACCUGGGUGGCUGUUCAACUGAGCGAACGAGAUGUGGCUGGUCAAAUUCCACUUAAUUAUGUGACAAACCCUGCUGUGUCACUGUCAGCUGCCUGCUUCGGAAACCACAUCUAUGAUCGAGACGACGCUGCAAAAUGUUUCUCCAACCUCCUUGCAAUCGGGUACCGACGUUUUGUUGUCGAUCUAUACUGGUCGGUCAACCGUAGGACUUGGUCUUUCUGUCCAGUGUCUGUUCCAGUCGAAUCUGGAGUGGCUGUAUCCUCGGGGACAUCCACGACCACAGCAACAGCUAGUGCGGACUCUGCGACUGUCACCAGUAGCGCCGAUUCACAUGGACGCACUCUUUAUGAACUAGGCUCAUACAAAUGCACCGACAACCUUGAUCCCUAUAUCUUGGCAGAAGUGCUUGUGGGUUAUUUUCGAGAGACAAAUUCACGUUUGACCGUGUACACAACCUAUCUCGUUCUCAAUCUCCAUGUGGCCGCAAGUGACUCCACGCCAGAUGAGCCUGCUUCUGCCAUAUCAGGAGGUCAAUUGCCAUCGGGAACUGAGCUAGCCGGUUCGAUCCUCGGGGUGGCCCUUGAGAACUUUAUCUAUAGCCCGGCUCAGCUUGCCUCGGACCGAAGCAAUUUAAACCAGUCGUGGUAUAACGUCGAGGAGGGCUAUAUGCCCAUCACAGAGUACUUCACCGUUCAUGAAAAUAAAGCGGGUGAACAGAGCACUCCAGAUGGUUGGCCAUCAUCAAAGUACAUUCAGCUCGCGAAACGUGAUCGAGUGCUCAUUGAAUACGGCUCUAUUGAUUCCCAACUGGUGGAUUACAACCUGUCUACCGAACAAAAUUUGGUCUUUCCUCCCGGGUACCUGACUUCCAAUUCGAAGACCUCCGCAGCCACCAACGGCAGUCUUACUUCAGGCUGUCUGUAUGAGCCUGGGCUCACACGUGUCUCUCAAACCAAUUCAUCAUGGGCUAUAUACAGCCCCCUCCCUGUUUCUGAUGGUCUUUCCACAGAUGAGACGAUGGGUUCACUAUCAAAUGUUCUCUCCGAUAUUACAGCUUGUGGUCUAUCGCCAAUGCUCAACACUACCCUCUUCGGCCAGACUGCAGAUCAGCAAGUUGAAUAUUACCGUAACGUCUCUCUCUCUUCUUCCUGGGCUUGGGCUAUCGGUCAGCCACACGAUGCAAAUUAUGGCGGCGGCGACGGUGAUCCCAAGUAUGACCGCUGUGCGAUAAUGGAUCUAACGCUGGACGGCCACUGGCGAUCCACGAACUGCACUGAGCAACGGUAUGGCGCCUGUCGAAUCGGUAAUUCGCCUUUCUCCUGGGUCCUGUCAGACACGACCGAAUAUUUCUCCAACGUGUCGAACACCUGUCCGCCAGGAUCGAGCUUUGCCGUACCGCGCACCGGUCUCGAAAAUACGUAUCUCUACCAGCACAUUCUCUCCCUGCCAAAGACAAAAGUCGACUUGAGUUCCACAGAUCCCACCCUUCGAGAGGUUUUUGUCGACUUCAACUCAAUAGAUGUCACUUCAUGCUGGGUAGCCGGUGGCUAUGGGGCGAGGUGUCCCUAUGCCUCUGACCCGCAGCAACUCGAGCGCAGAACUGUACUUGUAGCCGCAAUUGCGGGUAUCAUUGUUCUUAUCAUCACAGCCUUGACAUUCUUUGUCAAGUGCAACGCCAACCGCCGAAAUUCCCGGCGCAGAAAGCGUGUCAUCGAAGGAUGGGAAUAUGAAGGUGUUCCUUCAUGA